GUUUGGGUCGUUUGCUAACAGUUGGUAAACCUAGUUGAAAGGAAGAUAUGUAGUUGAAAUAUAUUCGAACCAGCUGUUAUUGUUGUAAAGAAAAUGGGCUAUAUUUAAUGGAUUGCACUUGUAAUUUAUGUCAAUAAUUGGUCAGUCUUAAUGUGUAUAGUCAGUUGGAAGUGCUGUCAAGUGUCAUGCAUGAAGCAAGUCGUCGUAUUGUAUUUGCAGAAAUUGAACAGAAUAGCACUUUUCCUUAGUCGUCGAGGAAAACGAUUGUAAAGUGGUACAGCACUAGUGUGAAAUGGGUGUGUCCCUGUAUUAAUUUUUGUUGAUGCUGAUGUAGGUAACAAUGUCGAGUCCUCCAGACAGUGAUCCGUCUACCCGACCAGAAACCCUGAAAAAGUUGGCCCAGCUUCAGAUUGAUCGUCUCAAAGAGGAAGAAGAAGAGCAGUGGAUCUCAGGUGAAGAGUUGUAUACAGAGGGAAGCAGUGAAGAUGAUAAUGAUAAUACAGCCACAAGGAGCAAACGGCAAACUGGUGGCAGAGCACGGAAACAUAGGCGAGUGGCACCAGGGAAGGAUACAAGGUCCAAGCAAGGAUGCUAUAAGUCAAACGUUACACCAUCAACGGUGGGUAGCAGUGGACAGCUGAGUGUAAUUCCACCAGAGGUGCAAUUGGAAUCUCUAACAUUAGCAGCUGAGGAAACUCACGAAUCUCAGCCACAAGAGGGGAACGUGCCCAUGACAAACUUUGAUGAACAGAUCGAACAGAUCAAGAUAUCGUGGAGACCUAAACGAGGCAGCAUCAAACUGCCCAACCUAAGCCCAGAAGGUAGAACUGAGAUGCUGACUGGCACAGAUGUAGCCACUCACUGAGUUGAAGCUUUGUAGCGACCGUCAGUUAUUUGACUGCCUUAGACAUUAGAGUCUUAGCCAAUUCAGGUCACUCGAUCGUCAAGUUCAGAGUGGAUAGAAGUAUGCUGUAUCAACAGAACAGUUUAUUUCAUAUGGUCAUGGACAGUGAUUCAGUAUUGCUAUGGGUAGAAACAGCCCUUGCCACGUUUUGGAUGAAAGGAUGUAGGAGAACCGCGAAAACUCCAGUUAGGAUAUGCUGACUGAAUUGUUCACUGUCAGCGUGCCAAAUAUCAAUUAACCAAGGUUCAGUCAAACCUCAUUUUAGUAUUCCUGAAUUUAAGGUUUUAUGUCAUUUAACAAUGAGUUUUGCUGACCCCAGGUCAAUAAUCUCUUGUUAAAUUACCCUUCCCUUCCACUCCCCUCCAGCUGAAGAUUUUCCUCAGUUUAGUAUUCAAAUCCAUUGCCCCCAAAGGAUACCUUCCAUGGAGGUUUUACUGUGGAUGUAAUGGUAACAACUUAUGGUGUCAGCUUUCAAUGCUUCUGUUUAUAUAGAGGCCUGCAGAUCUGGAGAAACAAUUAAUUGCCCUACAUUUAGCAAGAUUCUACAGAUAUCUAAUAUCUGAAGGUAUUCAGACUUAACUUCAAAGUUAAAUUCUGUCUUGUGGGAUGUAACGCUGUGUACUUUGAUAAAUAGGUACCAGAAUUGCAGAGACUUGCUGCCGUCACAUGGUAGAAGAGUGGGAUGUAUGUAGGAAAGGUAUUACUGGUGCCAGGGCUAUGAAUACCAAUUUAGGGACAAAUGUUCAUAACAUUAUUCUUGUAUUGUCUUGCUUAUGGUUGAGGUCCUGCCCUGCCCUGCCCUGCUUUUCCCCAUAUCUGUACCACUUCUUGGCAUGCUUGUGUUACUUUUCUACCAUGAAGAUGGAGGCAGCAGGUUCUUUCUAAGCAUUGUUAAUGAUCUGCCACAGUACAUGGCAUCACAGCUAAGGAGACAGUAAUAUUCGAGCGUGUUGUGGAUUAUCCCGUGAGCUCUCUGAACCUUAAAGGCCUUGUAAUGUCAGGUGAAUUUGCUGGUGACUAUAUGUGUCAAAGGGAAGCCUCCUGUCAUGUGGUGUCAUUUGGAGGUGGAUGAAGAUGGACAGUCAAGUAACUGGCGGCUGUAAAGCUGUACCAUGAACAAGUGCCGCGUACUUAAUCACAUUCCCUUCUGUAGUGGGUAGCUACUUCCUGGUCUUACAUAGGUUAUGUGAUGGAUGCAUAAGCUGGCAUUCUCUCUAGCAGUUCAUGACCAGGAAGAUAUACUAACAAAAACCUGACAUGUUUUUCAAAGAAAAUAUUUAUGUCAUGGUCUGAUUGUUUUAUUUUGUAUAUAUUAUUAAACAUAAAUCUCAUCUGUGUGUGUGCAUUAUACUCAGGAUAAGUGGAUGUAACAUUAUAAGGGGAUAAUUGAAAAGUAUCAAGGCAAGAUCUCUUGUCUCAUAAUAAUUUUAUCUUAGAGUCUGUCAGACAUGUACUGUGGGUGUACUUCUCCACAUGCUGUUGAGUCUGUCCCAACUUUUCAUUGUAACCCACAUAGAAGUGUGCAUUUUAAAUUGGUUUGUUUACAUUUGCCAAGGCAUUCUUUGAAAGUUUGUACAGAUGAGUGUUUUGUUGGGACUGUACAUAAAAUGAAAUCAUACUGGUGUCUAGCAGGUUACAGAUUUGGCAGGGGGACCCAGAUAGUAUUUUCCUUUGAAACAGUUGCAGUCUUGAUCCAGUAUUUGACGGUGUGCAGUGUUACCAUGAUCUGGGGUAAUCUUGCCGUUGCUUGCCAGUUUGGGAACAACAGGAAUUGUCUUAUUUUCUCAUCACACUGCAUAUCAGUUAUUGGCAGCACACAAGUUGUUAUGUUAGUACCCAGGGGUGCAUUAGUAACAAGGCAGUGAGGUGCAGAAAGUCUUUGUGCCUAAGUCAUGUUGCUCAAGUCUGGCCUCUUUAAGUCCGAGUGUGCCUUUACAAGGGUCGGACAACUGGACCGCCUUGGUGGAGUCUGUGUAGAGGGUAUGUUUGAAAAUACAGUCUGUAAAAUAUUUUUAUAGAUGUGUACCUGUGUCUGGACAAUUGUUGUAU